GCCGUGGUAACCGACGGACGGGUGUCAUGGCCGCCGCGCCCGACCUUGGGCUCGGCCCAAAAUCCCCUUUUUCCCCGUAGGAUCCGGCCCAAACGCCAUUUCCCCCAGUAAGACCGGGCUCGCCACGUCCCCAGCCCGUCCCGGACUCCAUCUCUCCGCCUAGAGCUCCCGCUGUGUCCUUGUUAGUCCUCGUCUCCCUCAGGCUAUGGCAGCAUCCCUGCCUCCUCGCAGGCGCCCGGGUUGGGCCCGCGCCCGCCGCCCCCCUGCCCGCAGGGCUCUCGCCUCAUCCAUGAGUGACCAGCAGUUGGAUUGUGCCUUGGAUUUGAUGAGGCGUCUGCCUCCGCAGCAGAUAGAGAAGAAUCUCAGUGACCUCAUUGACUUGGUCCCGAGCCUGUGUGAAGAUCUCCUCUCCUCUGUGGAUCAGCCCUUGAAGAUUGCACGAGACAAGGUGGUGGGGAAGGAUUAUCUAUUGUGUGACUACAACAGAGAUGGGGACUCGUACAGGUCACCCUGGAGCAACAAGUACGACCCUCCCCUGGAGGACGGUGCCAUGCCCUCGGCUCGCCUGCGCAAGCUGGAGGUGGAAGCCAACAAUGCCUUUGACCAGUACAGAGACUUGUAUUUUGAAGGUGGAGUCUCCUCUGUCUACCUCUGGGAUCUGGAUCAUGGCUUUGCUGGGGUGAUCCUCAUUAAGAAAGCUGGAGAUGGAUCAAAGAAGAUUAAGGGAUGCUGGGAUUCCAUCCACGUGGUGGAGGUUCAGGAGAAGUCCAGUGGCCGCACUGCCCAUUACAAGCUGACCUCCACAGUGAUGCUGUGGCUGCAGACCAAUAAAACUGGCUCUGGUACCAUGAACCUGGGGGGGAGCCUCACCAGACAGAUGGAGAAGGAUGAGACUGUGAGUGACUCCUCCCCACACAUAGCCAAUAUUGGGCGCUUGGUAGAGGACAUGGAAAACAAAAUCAGAAGUACGCUGAAUGAGAUUUAUUUUGGAAAGACAAAGGACAUCGUUAAUGGGCUGAGGUCUGUGCAGACUUUUGCAGACAAAUCAAAACAAGAAGCUCUUAAAAACGACCUGGUGGAGGCUUUGAAGAGGAAGCAGCAAAGUUAAAGUCCUGUCAGUGCUAACCAGCCAUGCCAUGCACUCGUUAGAUUCCUUUCGUAGAGAAUCAUCCCCCGCCCUUUUCUGUUCGUCACGUCAGGAUUUGCAUCCAAUACUCUCCAUGCAACACCAUCCUCUCCCCAUGAAUAAAGCUGUACAAACUUU